AUGCCGUCAAUCCGUUCUUCUAUUGGUUUGGGGCUCCUUAGCUAUGCCAGCACAAUAGCCGCUCUUGCGACUAAUAUCAGUGGCACUUAUCACCAAUAUUCCGCAGCAUCGUAUGCCCUGGUUAAUACAUAUAACAGCGGCAACUUCUUCUCUGAUUUCAGCUUCUAUACGGGCACCGACCCUACUAAUGGCUGGGUGAAUUAUCAGUCACAGUCUGCAGCAGCAGCCGCAGGGCUGUACAACACCAAUAACGGCCAAAUUUAUAUGGGCGUUGAUUCCACCACAGUCAACCCGCCUGCACCUGGCCGAGCAUCUGUUCGCGUGUCGAGCAAUGAGGCCUACACCCAUGGACUUUUUAUUGCUGAUAUUGCUCAUAUGCCAGGAAGUAUCUGCGGUGUCUGGCCCGCCUUCUGGCUUUUUGGUCCCAACUGGCCCAACAGUGGAGAAAUCGACGUGAUCGAGGGCGUCAACCUCGCCGGAACAGACACUAUCACAUUACACACUGCUGCAGGAUGCACCAUCAACACAGCUGGUUCUCAAGCUGGAACUACUCUUGCGAACUCUAACUGUAAUACCGAUAACGGAAACACCGGCUGCGGGGUCACUACCACUACCUCCAACGCCUACGGUAAUUCCUUCAACAACAACGGCGGUGGCGUUUACGCUAUGCAAUGGGAGAGCUCUGGUAUCUACGUGUGGUUCUUCCCACGUGGCAGUAUCCCGAGUGAUAUCACGGCUGGUGCACCAGUAACUGGGAACUGGGGAACGCCUAUUGUGGCGUUCAAUGGUGGAAGUUCAUGUAACAUCGACUCGUUCUUUGCCAACGAGAACAUUGUCUUCGACACUACCUUCUGUGGCGAUUGGGCUGGAAGUGUUUGGGGCUCGAGCGGAUGCCAGAACUUGGCUUCCACUUGCAAUGACUAUGUUGGAGCCAACCCGGGUGCUUUCGCUCCUGCUUAUUGGCUUAUUAAUUCCGUCAAGGUUUAUCAGUUGUAGAUGGAAACGAUGAUGGGAUUUCUUGCAUUGGGACGGCGUUACAUUAUUCGAUUCCUGACGGUCGUUACCUCUAACCCCCUUUGAGGUGGACUCGGUUAUGGUCGCAUGAGAGGAGGACUUUCUGUCGCCGCUCUUUAUUCUUCUUUUUGUCUAUACUUCUUGCAUGGAACUGUCAUUAUUGGACUUUGGGAUGGAGGG